AUGAUAGCUUUUUUGCAGGACAUAUCCUGCGUGAAAUUUGCACAAAGGAAUACCAGUAGCUCAGUUCUAGUUUUCAUGGGAGGUGUCUGUUCUGCUUGUUAUCAGAAUAUUAAUUUCUUAAGCUUGGUUGUGACUUUCAGGCCUGUGAUGGACUAUAAUCAGAUUGCAUACCACUUUGUUGAGUCUAUAUAUGUUCAUCUCCACAACACCAAAUCACGGACUGGUGUCCCUACUUCUGCCCAUAUGCCCAGUUCAAGUCUUAACACACCAUCAAAGGGAUAUCAAGCUGCCCCACCAAAUCAAUUCUCUGGGCACUACAGCAUAGAUGGACUCAAGGAUAUUGAUAAAAAGGUCAUGGACUAUCUGCAGCAACCUCAAUGCCUUAUUCAGGAGAAGGGAGUGCAUCGGGAUGAACUUGCUCAACGACUAAGCAUUCCUCUAGAAAAGAUCUUGGAAGCUAUCAGAUCUCUUGAGGAAGAAGGGCUGAUUUACUCCACAAUUGAUGAAUGUCACUUCAAGUCCACUGUUAAUGGUUGAUAUAUUCAAUGAAGUGACUUUAGUAGUAAGAAGAUCCUGGAUGAACCCUCCCUUCUGCUAUUGUGUCUAUGAGUAUAGUGUUAAGACUUUCCUUUUUGAGGUCCUUUGCAAAUGUUAUGUUUGUGAUAAAGAUGGGAUCUACCAUUUUCACUUGUAGGCUGGGUCAUGAUUUUUUAAUAUUCAAGGAGAAAUAUGGUAUGUUAUAAACGUGGGAUAAGUUAUGCUUUACUUGUUUCUGAUGCCAAGUAUACUUGUGCUGUAUAUGUAAUGUGGCCAAAAGUCUAAGGCAGUGUUUAAUCUGGCUGUGGAUUACUUGUGGUAGAUUCUGUAUGAUGG